UCCCUCCAUCGCUCCGUCGGUCGUUCCCUCCUCUGCCAUUGCCGCCAUCGUCGGCCGCCGCCUUCUGCUCGCCACGGCCGGCUAGCAAAGCUGCACGGGCGGCAAAGAAACUGAGCUUCGGUUUGCGUCGUCUCAGUCAGUCGGCGGCAUGUCGAAGCGGCCCGGCGGGACGAAGAAGAGGCUCAAGCGCGGCCUCUGGUCGCCGGAGGAGGACGAGAAGCUCAUGAACCACAUUGCCAAGUACGGCAACGGCUGCUGGAGCUCCGUCCCCAAGAUUGCAGGCCUUGAGAGGUGCGGGAAGAGCUGCAGGCUGAGGUGGAUAAACUACCUGAGGCCGGACCUCAAGAGGGGCGCCUUCUCGCAGGAGGAGGAGGACCUCAUCAUCCACCUCCACUCCAUCCUCGGCAACAAGUGGUCUCAGAUCGCCGCGCAGCUGCCCGGUCGCACCGACAACGAGGUCAAGAACUUCUGGAACUCCUUCAUCAAGAAAAAGCUCCGCCAGCGCGGCAUCGACCCGGCCACCCACAAGCCGCUCGCCCCAGCCGGCGCUGCCGCUGCCGCCACGCCUGUCAGCCGCUCCGCCGUGUUCAGCGAGGCCGAGCUGAUACUGUCGUCCCCCGUGGGAGGACCGCACAUGCCGCCGCUGGUGUCGGCGGAGAGCUACGUGUACAGCCGGGGCAGCAUGGACGGCGCCGGCGGCGUGGUGGGCGGGUGCAGCGACGAUGGGUCACUGUCCUCGCUGUCGGGGUACAACAACAACAACCAGACGGCGGACUUCGCCGGGUACCUGGAUGCGGACGCCCUGCACGGCGCAGUCAUCCCGUCGGUGUCGAGCUCCAGCACGCUUAACUCCAUGGCCGGCGUGAGCCCCGGCGGCGUGGCCAACGGCAACGCUACGGACGAGCUGUGCUGCAACAACAACAACAAAAACAACCCGAGCAACAGCGGCAGCGGGUUCGAGUCGUCGACCACGCAGAGCAGCAGCAACCACCAUCUGCCGUGGCUGGAGCUGGGGUCGAUCAGCAGCUGCACCGAGGACGGCGCCGGCGCCGGCGCCGCCGCCGACCACUACGGCGCGGCGCUGGACGAGCUCAAGUGGUCCGACUACGUGUUCGACGGCGGCUACCCGCAGUACCACCAGCAGGGCCAGUGCAUCUACGGCGACAGCAAGGCCGCCGCCGACGCCGCCACGGCGCAGUUCGACGCGCACGGGCUCGGCAUCAACUGGUGCUUGAAUUGAACCCAAGUACCCAACCGACAGCCCGACACCAACGGCCGGCGGCCGGCAAUCAACCGCCGCUGCCGCCACGACAUGCAAAGAUCCAGAUUGUAACGUAUACGCGAGUUUAUAAUACUCCUAGUAGCUAUACUAAGAAAUGUUUGGUGAGGUUUUGGUUUGUAAAUUGUUUCUCCCUUACGUUCCCUCUUGUUUCUUUCUUUCUCUCUUUCUUUCAUCUUGAUUUGGUGAUUGAUUGAUUGAUUGAUCUGUAUAACUUUGCGUGUAAAAGUGCAUAUGACGAACACAGAAGGAUCGACGAUGGAGGGAUACAUAUAUUACUUUGCUCCUGCUUA